UAGUUUCUGCAGGUAAAUCCUGAAGUAUUGCACAAAUCCUUAUCAGGAUGGUUUCACAAAUGGUGGACAUAUUUUGGGUCAGAAUUAAAUAUAUUGCCCAAAUAAAUUCUCAAUUAUUUUGAAGAAUGGGUGGAUCAUCAUCCCAUCAUUAACAAGUUGACAGAUAAUUUUAUCUCUUCUGAGCUCUGUCCUAUGAUGUUCGUAAUAGAUGACAAGAUCUCUUGGAUAUGGAAAUGGGUCAUAUCAACAGAGGUAGAAGAGGUAAAUAUUCCUGUUCUUAAAAGAAAAUGUCUUUACAAGUGGUGGCUGGGAAUGCCCAGAAAGAAAUUUGAUGAUAUUAUCACCACUAUAAAAUCAAAUUUGAUUUCAUUUAAAAAUGAUCAUGCUGAAUCACAGCAGACUGAAGAAAGCACUGACAGUUAUUUUGCGAGUCUUAAGAACAAAUUCUCCAGAAAGUAUCCCCAAUGUACUUCCGAAGAAAUUAUAUCCAAAUGUAUGGACCAUAUGAAGCAACAAUUAUGCUCUAUGUUCAAAGCAGAGCCAAAGAAGACAGUCUCCAUGAAGAGCACUGCAUCAAGAAGUUCAUCAUGCUCCACACCUGAGGACAAUAAUAAAUACAGGUGUCUUGCAGGAGAAUCUCAAGAUCCUUAUACUGAGGAUACACUAUCUUCUGAGGAAAAAGAACAGUCCAUUCUCAUGCACAAAACUCUUGCAGCUGAAGCCACAGAAGCUAUGUGGCAAAAAGUCUUAAUUACAAGACCUAGAAAGGGAGCAAUUAAGUCCCAACAAAUCAGGUUCAGCCCUGUUAAGCUUCAUCAAAGCAAAGGCAAGGAACCAACUCACCAUUUUGACUAGACAGAAUAAUGGCAGAAGCACGAGCAAAUAGUUUCGUAUCUCCAAUGCUGAAUCACCAGCAAUUAUCUUGAAGGAAUCUCCUUUCGGUGGAAAAUAUCAGCCUUGUGUUUACAUCAGCAUAGCUUUCGGCGGAAAAUCCAUUCCAGCCAGCACAAGGAAUCUGCUUUCGGUGGAAAAGCCUGACCAUUUCAGCUUUGUCAGUGCCAGCACAUCAUGCCAGCACAACAUGAAGGACGAAGAUAUGACUUCUCCAUCCAACAAAAAGAAUCCACUUUCUGACGAAGCCCUGACAAAAGGCUUUAAGUCAUACAUACUUUUAUUCAGGCGGAAGAAAUCACUCCCGACCAAGAAAAGAUGCUCUCUUCACAUGGAAGGAACCACUUUCGGCAAAAGAUGCCACCGACCAAGGGUCACAUUAGUUCCCUCUGACGGAAGGAAUCUCCACCAACCAGAGGAAAAGAUGCUUUC